AUGAAGCUUUUUGCAACUAUCGUCGGAAGCGCCGUUGCGUACAGCUCUUCGUACAGCUCAUCGGGUUCUUACAGUUCUUCCAGCUCUUCAAGCUCUUCCAGCUCUUCCAGCUCAAGCUCUGCCAGCACCUACGAUGGAGAAUGCGGAGGAAGAAUCACUGAUACCGAGACGAUCAUCUACUCCCCUGGCUUCGAUCGAGGCAGCUACUACGACUGGCUCCACUGCCAGUGGGACAUCGAUUUCGGAAACAUUGCUGGCUUCAACAUCGUCGCCAACACCUUCAAUGUCGAGGAACACUAUGUCUGCGGCUGGGAUCAAGUCGCAGUCAAAGCUAACGGUGAUGAAUUCAACUUCUGCGGAACCAAUGGCGCAAGACGACGACGAUCCGCUGAAAAUAAAGAAGAAGAUGGCAAGACGUUUUACGACCUUCCAAACCCCAGCAACAACGGAUUUCCUGAUUUCUUCGUCAGCGGCGGUCAGGCCACCAUCACCUUUACCACUGAUGAAUCCGUCCAAGGUGCCGGCUUCGAAUUCAGCUUUGAGCGAAUGAGCCGACUUCAAAUCAUCGAAAUGCACUUGAACCGAAUCUUCGAUUCCUAUAACGGAGACGAAGACUUCUUCCCCCGAUACAAGAAGCGAAUGACCAAGAUCCUCAACAAGAUGAAGCGAUCUGAGACCGAUGAAAGCUGCUAUGCCGAGAACGGAUUCGAGGCCGAGGCUGAAGACAUCCAAGUCUUCGACGCCAACGACAUGUGCAAACUCAACGGCCAAGUCAACGCUGCCAUCAACUCCUGGGCCCGAAACUGGGCUUGCGAGGGACGAGGCCGAGUCCACCGACAGAUCAUUCGAGCUGCUCGAAAGGUCCGAAACUUCUACAACGAUAACCUGUGCUAA